UAGGAUCAUGGAUUUAACACUGCUUCAGGGUGGGGAGGAGUCGGCAGAGAAAGUGAAAGCAAAAGCCUCACUUCCCCCAGCCCGGGGACACUUCAGUGCUUGCUGCACCCCAACUCUGCUCCAGCCUGGGGCUUCUGCCACGGCCCCAGCCAGCCCCGUGCUCCGGACCCCACACCGAGGCCAUGGAGCCCGUUUGCCUGGUAGAGCCGGUGCCCAGCUCUGGCGCCCUGCGGGUGAACCCGGCCGCCCUGGGCCUGCUCCGGGGCCUCACCCGGCCCCUCCACGUCCUCGCUGUCUUCGGGCCCCGUGGCACCGGGAAAUCCUUCCUCAUGGACCGGCUGGCGGGGCAGGGCGAAGGUUUCCCCUGCUCUCCGGGGAUCUGGGUGUGGUGCCUGCCCCACCCGACUCAGCCUGACCAGGCCCUGGUGCUGCUGGACACGGAAGGAUUCCCCGAGCAAGAGGGCGACAACACAAAGCUCUCCCAGCUCUUCCUCCUGAACGUGCUGCUCAGCAGCGUCUUGGUCUAUAACACCAGGAGUGAGGGCGACCCCCAGAGGCAGCUCGACCGCCUGACGUACGUGAGGGAUCUGCCCCGGGUGGUGCAAGUGCUGGACGAGUGCUCCUGGGAGAACAGCUUCCUCCUGAGCAGCGUGCUGCCCAACUUCGUGUGGUGCCUGCGAGACGUGGCACCCGACCCCUGCCUGGAUGAGGUGCUGAAAGCCACGGGCCAUGAGCUGGACUCGGCUCUCAGCUCCCCGCAAGAUUUGGAGGACUCCCCGUCCAGCUGCGUACAGAGGUUAUUCCCCUGCCGCAAGCUGUUCCGUUUCUGCUCCCCCCGAGCAGAUGGAGGGCACGGUGAGCCACCAUCUCCCGCAGACCAGCUGCACCCCACGUUCCAGGAGCAGAUGGGGCGUUUUAAGGACUACGUCCUGAGCCAGAACCCUAAGACCGUGGUGGGGAACAGAGUGGUGGAUGGGGCAUUCCUGGCUGAUUUCCUGGAGCGUGUCGUGGACCUGCUGUCCCGGGACAAGCCCGUUCUCUUGAGUGAGCUCUGCAAUGACCUGCAGCAGGAAGGCGAUGAUUACUCUGUGGGGUACCCAAUGGACCCCACGGGAGGCGCCCCACCCAGGAGAGCUGCAGCCAGCGUUGCCCAGCCUUCGGUGCCGGAGCCCAAGAGGGAGCGCGUGGUCCCGCUGCAGGCGUCUCGACCCGCCCCGCCAGUCCUGGCCCAGGCUGCCCCCGGCACGGCACAGCCAGGCGCCAUGGAGGAGCCGUUGUGCCUGAUCGAGAACUGGUCAGGCGGGGAGCUGCAGCUGAACCAGCGAGCCCUGGACCUGCUCCAGAGCUUCCGCCAGCCCGUGGUGGUGGUGGCCAUCGCCGGGCUGUACCGCACCGGCAAGUCGUACCUCCUGAACCGACUGGCCGGCAAGGACCGGGGAGGGUUUUCGCUGGGCGCCACGGUGCAGUCUCACACCAAGGGCAUCUGGAUGUGGUGCCUGCCCCACCCCCACCGGGCCGGCCACACCCUGGUGCUGCUGGACACCGAGGGGCUGGGGGAUGUGGAGAAGGGCGAUACGAAGAAUGACGCAUGGAUCUUUGCACUGGCCGUGCUGCUCAGCGGCACCCUGGUCUACAACAGCCUGGGCACCAUCGACCAGUGCGCCCUGGAGCAGCUUCACUAUGUGACGGAGCUGACGGAGCGCAUCAAGGUGAAAGCAGCAGGCGAGGGCGGCCAGCAGGAGGGGGAGGAUUCGGCCGAAUUUGUGCGGUUUUUCCCAGCCUUUGUGUGGGCCGUGCGGGAUUUCACGCUGCAGCUGAAGCUGGAUGGGCGGGAGAUCACCGAGGACGAGUACCUGGAGAACGCCCUGAAACGCAGAGAAGGCCAGCCUGAGAAGCUGGAUCUGCCCAAGAAGUACCUGCGCCAGUACUUCCCCUCCCGCAAGUGCUUCGUGUUCGACCGCCCGGCCCCGCGCCACGACCUGCCCCGGCUGGACGAGCUGCCCGAGGCAGCGCUGAGCCCCGAGUUCCUGGAGCAGGCACAGCGCUUCUGCAGCCACGUCCACCAGCAUGCGGGCACCAAAACCCUCCCGGGCGGCCACGUGGUGACGGGCACCUUGCUGGGGACCCUGGCGGUGACCUACGUCGACGCCAUCCGCAGCGGGGCGGUGCCCUGCAUGGAGAGCGCGGUGCUGGCCCUGGCGCAGAUCGAGAACUCGGCGGCGGUGGGGGAGGCCGUGGCUGUCUACGAGGAGCAGCUGGCGCGGCGGGCGGCGCUGCCCACGGAGAGCGUGCAGGAGCUGCUGGAGCUGCACGCCCAGUGCGAGCAGGAGGCGCUGCGGGCAUUCAUGGCGCGCGCCUUCAAGGACGAGGAACAGCAAUACCAGUGGCAGCUGAAGGUACUAGGGACCCUGCGAUGGGGGCGCAACCCCCCCUGCCCCAGCCUGGGGCAACCACGGGAAGAGGGUACGGGGCAUUUCCCCUCCAGGGGGUGCUGGCCCCGAUCCGGCCCCAGGGCAGGAUUCUGGUUGGCUCUGUGGAGUGGAGACUGGGGCACGGGGGCUCCAGGAGGCGCCGGCCCCCGGUCAGGGCACUGGCUGGCUCUCUGGGGCAGGAAAUGGGGCACGAGGUCUUUCUCCUCCAGGGGACCCUGGCUCCAACGUCCCCUCUCUCCGCAGGACAAGCUGGACUCCAAGCGCUCUGAGCUCUGCCACCGGAACGAGCUGGCGUCGUCGGACCGGUGCACGGCCGUGCUCAUGGAGCUGUCGCAGGAGCUGGAGGAGCGGGUCUGCGAGGGGAGCUACUCGGUGCCCGGGGGCUACCAGCGCCUCCUGGACGACCAGCAGGAGAUGGUGGAGAAAUACCAGCUGGUGCCAGGGAAAGGGAUAAUGGCGGCUGAGGUGCUGCAGCAGUUUCUGAAGUCCAAGGAGAUGGUGGCCCAGGCCGUCCUGCAGACGGACCAGAGCCUCACGGACAGACAGAGGGAGAUUGAAGAGGAGCGGACGCGAGCCGAGGCGGCCGAGCGGGAGGCCCAGCUGUGCCAGGAGAUGCAGACCAGGACGGAGCAGCUGCUGAAGGACCAGGAGCGCAGCCACGAGGAGCAUGUCCGGCAGCUGACGGCCAAAAUGGAGGAGGACAGGAGGCAGCUGCUGGCCGAGCAGCAGAGAGCGCUGGCCUUGAAACUGCAGGAGCAGGAGCGGCUGCUGCGCGAGGGGUUCCGGGGGGAGGUGGCGCAGUUGGAGCAGCAGAUGCAGAACCUGAGGAGGGAGAUGAGCCGGCCCCAGCGCUCCCGCUGCGUCGUCUGCUGAGAACAGAGACCCAGAGGGACUCGGGGAGCUGGGCUGGGCCGGCUCCCCUCCCACCAGCCUGUCUGACACGGGGAGGAUGCUGGCCAGAGCCAACCACUAGGGUCGCUGCACGUUUGCGGGUGGGGGGCUUCUGGCUUUGCACUAAGUGAUGCUUGUUGUUUACUGAGCAUUUGAUACAGGAAAGCUGUACACACUGGUGUGUUAUUGUAGGGUCUCUCAUAAACACCAGAGCUGCUGCUGGCUCUGGUUUGUUAUUCUUAGAGACCCCAGGGCAUGGCCACUAGUUAAGUGGAGGGGAUAAAAGGCCACAAGUCUAGAGGAAGUCUCCCUGCUGAAGGCCUAAGGGCUUCUUCUCAACCCCCCUUAAUAGAACUCAGGCCUGGCUGGUUUGAGUAAGCUGUUUUGCUCUUAAAACAAUGUUGCAGCCGCAGAUAAGGCCUCAUCGUGUAAGGUUUGCUGACGCCAAGUUAAAGAUAGUAGGAGAGAGCUACAAGGCCAGACAGAAUGUGCUGGUUGUUUAAGUUGCUAGAAAUGCUUGUUAGAGGUUGCAAAAAAUAAACAUUGUUGUAACCCAUAUAAAAAAGGCAGAGUAUUUGCGCAAAGUUUUAAUUGGCUGAUGUGUAGUGCAGUAGCAUUAAGGAAUAUAAAAGUGUGUGUAAUCACCUGCUCUGGGGUGCAGGAUUUGAGAUUCUGUUCUCCCUGGACCUUGUUUGCAGCUGGAAAUAAACUUUUCUGCUUCUCCACCCCGUUGUGAUUAUUGAGUGACGCACACCGGGCAGUGAACCCCUGCUGUUGUUUUGCCUCUCGGCACUGGGUGCCGGCAACAUUAUUGUAGGGUCUCUUGUAAGCCUGCUGUUGCUGCAUGCAGUGCUGUGUUAUUGUAGGGUCUCUCAUAAACACCAGAGCUGCUGCUUACCCUAGAGUGUUACUGUGGGGUCUCUUAUGUAUUGGGCCCUACCAAAUUCACAGUUCACUUUGAUCACAGCCAGACCGUUUUAAAAUUGGCCAGUUUCACGUUUUCAGCUGUUUACAUCUAAAAUUUCACAGUGUUAUAACCAUGGGGGUCCCAACCUAGAGGUACCCAGAGGUGGGUCUGAUCUUUCCCCCAGAGUGGCCAUGCAGGGGAAGGACAAGUCCCGUCCCACCCCAGCCAAUCUCGGGUUUGCAGCGGGAGCCCCCCAGCUGGGGCGCUCCCAGUAGCCCGGGGGAGAUCAGGGCUAUUUCACGGUCCGGGACACGUUUUUCACGGCUGUGAACUUGGUAGGGCCCUACUUAUGUAUGCUGCUGCCACUGGUGUGUUAUUGUAGGGUCUCCUUUAAACCCUGGUGCUGCCAUGUGCCCUGGUGUGUUAUUGUAGGAUCUCUCCUGUGUUACCAGCUUUGCCUGUUACUUUGGGGUAUGUUUAUCGAAUGCAUCCCAUGACGUGAGCUGUAGCUCACGAAAGCUUAUGCUCAAAUAAAUUGGUUAGUCUCUAAGGGGC